GUAGAGAAAUCUUGGACGUGACUCGUUUUGAUGAAGAGACAAACAUGGCGACCUGAAAAAAUGAGCAGUGCAAAUGGACUGGGAUCAGGAAACUUUAAAUUGGAGAAAAGAAGUAUGAAUUCAGAGAAUAAAAUUUUUACAGAUCAGGAAAAGGAGGCGCUGUGUGACGUUUUUAUUACAACGAAGAAAUAUGCGAAGGAUCUCAAGACUUUACUGGAGAAGAACAAAAUUUUCAACCGAAAAUUCAGAAUAAAGAAUCUAAAUGAAGACCAGGUUGCUGUCCCUAUUGAUCUUGAAAAAUGGAAAGGAGAUAUUGAAGAAAUCAGUUUUGAUGGCUCAAAAUGCCAAGAUCAUACCCAGAUGCUAAUGCCAUUUUCAAAAACACAUUUGAUAAGAUUAUCAACAGUGCAAAAAACAAUUCAAGAAGAAAUUAUUGAUUUGUUCUACAUGAAAACAAGAGAAUCCUUGAGUAUUCAGCUGCUGAAAGACUUGCCAUGUGAAUGGCAAAUACAUGGAGACAUGCUACUGUUGCCAAAAGAUUGCUUGCAGCUAGCUAUUUGGGAUAAAGUUAUUCCUGAACUUUGGUGUAUAUUUUGCAAAGUUUUAAAGAUAAAAAGAAUUGCAAAACACUGCAUAAUAUCUGAUAAUGAAUUCAGAUCAUCAAAAAUUCAAAUGCUCUAUGGUGAAGAUGGCUGGAUAACAAGAAAAGAAAAUAGCAUACAAUAUAUGUAUGAUAUAACAAAGUGUAUGUUCUCUGAUGGAAAUAUUACAGAGAAAAUGCGCAUUGCAAAGUUUGAUUGUCAAAAUGAGGUUGUUGUUGAUCUUUUUGCUGGUAUCGGAUAUUUUGUCAUUCCAUAUUUGGUGCAUGCUGGAGCUAAAAUGGUAUAUGCCUGUGAGUGGAAUCCAGAUGCCAUAGAGGCAUUGAAGAAAAAUCUAGAAAUAAACAAUGUGUCAGGCCGAUGUAUUGUUCUAGAUGGAGACAAUAGGAAGGUAGCCCCAAAAGGCAUUGCUGAUAGAGUCAAUUUAGGUCUAAUUCCUUCCAGUCAUGAGAGCUGGCAGGCUGCUUGUGAGGCUUUAAACCCAACAAAAGGAGGCUGGCUUCAUAUUCAUGCAAAUGUGAAUCAGCUAGAGCACAAAAAUCACCUUGAUGGUAGAGAUCCAACUGGCAUGGUAAAACUGCCAUUAAAACAGAACUCAAGAGAAUAUAAAAGUCAGGUAUGGAUGCAAUGGGCAGAAGAUGCCAUCUUAGAGUUUAAAGAAUUGUUAAAAAGGGGACAUGCAGAUGGUCCCUGCAACUGGACCUGUGAAGUGGAGCACAUUGAGCAUGUAAAAGCAUAUGCACCACACAUUGACCAUAUUGUUGUUGAUGUUAAAUGUACACCUGUUUAUUUGCAUUAGACAGAGGUAUGUUUUA